CAUAUGUGUACCGUUUUUAAAGCACCAGAAUUUUUAAAAACAUCUAUUUUUUUAUGCCUCCGCCCACCGAAGGUGGGUGCCGGAGGCAUUAUGUCUUCGGGUCGUCCGUCCGUCCCACUUUCGUUCUCGCGAUAACUAAAAAACCGGUCAACCAAUCAUCUUCAAACUUGGCUCGAGGAUACAUAUCUAGAUACAUAUCUAGGUGACGAUGAGCUGAUUAGUUUUGGGGAUAUCAAGGUCAAAGAUCAAGGUCAUAGAAUUCAAUAAAAUACAUAAGAAAUAGACCGUUCUUGCGAUAACUCCAAAACCCUUUGAUGCAUCAACUUCAAACUUGGCUCAUGUGUGCAUAUACAAGUGAUAAUGAUCUGAGUAGAUUUUGGGGUCUCAAGGUCAAAGGUCAAGGUCAAAGAAUUAAAUAAUAUACCUAGAAAUGGACCGUUCUCUCGAUGAUUCCAAAACCAUUUAAUGGAUCAACUUCAAACUUGGUUCAUGUAUGCAUAUACAAGUGGCACUGAUCUGAUUAGAUUUUGGGGUAUCAAGGUCACAGGGUUUAAUCAAGUUCAUAUGUCUGCUUUUUGCAGAAACAGUUAUCUGACUAGAUUUUGAAGUCGCAAGUUCAAAAGUCUAGUUUUUAUCUUUAUGGAAAUAGAAACUAGGAAAUAUAUUUCUGAUCUGGUAGUGGCGGAGGCAUACAUUUCGACCGUGCACGGUCUAAUAUUCAUCUAGUUUUUUCUGACAAUGCUACCCAUCUACUUUAAUGUACUAGAUUGGGAGAUAAAAUGCUGGAAACAUGCACACAGUUAAUAAUUGUUUUCCCCAAAUUUUAAAAGGGAGGCAUUUUUAUUUUUUGUUUUGCAUGUGCACUAUUGAAUAAUAAUUGUUAUCUGUCAGUCAUAUCCUCAGGCAUGAAAAUUCUCCGCGGAUUUCCGCGUUUUUUGUUUGCUGAAUUUCCAUUUUUUUUACUCCUAAAAUCCGCGUUUUAAUUUCCGAUUUUUAGCGCUAAAAUGUUUUAGCAUAUCUUACGUGUUUAUGACGUUCGGCCUUUACAACGAUUGCGCAGGAAUCUCUUAUCUAGCACAUCUCAACUCUACACGUGUAUUUCGCGGUGUGUUUUACGUUUCUGUGCAUGCAGUGCAGCGGUGGUGUGCUUGCAAUCGCUGGGGGCAACCCGGCGCGCCGGGCAUGCAGCGACCGGGCGCGCAUAUCAUAUCGGACCAGUGGAAGACCGAUAAAGAAGCUGAAUGUGCUCGCAGAGAUUUGUGACGUAACUUGGUUUCCAAAGACAAAACUAAAAUAGCUGAAGGUCAACUUCAUGAGAAAUCAGCUAAGACAAAGUUAUCAGAAAACUUUCAGCGCAAAUUGCUCAAGUACAAGUAUGACAAGUAGCUUAUUAUGGUAAGACUGAUUAAAUUGGUAAAUGACUUAAGUUAAGUUGAUUACCGUAAACCGGGGUGACUUUGGACACCAGGGUGACUUUGGACAGUUUAGAUAUGUGAUGAUAGGGGGAUAUGUGAAUAAUUAAAUGGCUCGUUUCAUUAUUUACAUAUCCUUUAUCAUAAAAUAACUAAAUAUUUUCAGAAAAAUCAACGGCGAAAGGAAUGUAGCUGAAGCAAUCUUCUUUUUAAAAACUGUCCAAAGUCACCUUGAUUUUUUAGUAUUUUUUUGUAUUUUUUUAUUGAAUUUUGGACAAAAAAUCCAUAUAAAUACUUCAUUACAAUCAUUCAACUCAAACAGGUUUUUGGAGUUGUAAAAUUGAUAAAACUCAGGAGCUUCCGGGGGCGUUGGCCCCCCUGGACCCCACCCGUUAGCAGCGAGCGGCAAGCCGCUCGCCAGGUGGGCUUCGCCCACUGUCUUGUCAACGACAUUUCCAAAACCCUUUCAGCUUUUUUUUUCAUACCCAAUUUUCAUGCCUGUAUCCUAAAAGCAACUACUUUUGAAAUUCUGAGGAAGUAAAUGAGUUCAAAUAAAAAUUUGAGUGUAUCAGAAUUGUAGAAUAUCGUUACCUAAUGAAAGCAUAACUUCUUUUUCGCCUUCAACAGGACGUACUACAAGCUAUUUGAGCAAUCGUACGGCGCAGCAUCUGGUGAGCAAAUGUUUGUAGAUCUGGAGAGCAGGAUACAUCAAUAUAAUGAAGAACAGCACCAGACCUGUGCAAAAAUUGAGCAGACAUCUGACAAUCAAACUGUCAUCGCAAUAUGCACUCCUUUAAUGAAAAGAGUGCAUGAAAAAAUUAGACACAGUGGAGAGAUGGUUUUUGUUGACUCUAGUGGUAAUUGCGAUAGGCACAAUUGCCGGAUUUUUGUACUGCUGACUCAUUCUUCUGCAGGAGGACUACCAUUAGGGAUUGUAGUGACGACCUCAGAGUCACAAUCAACCAUAACAGCUGGUUUUAACCUCUUGAAGUCUAUACUACCUGAAGAUGCAUUCACUGGACGAGGUGCAUAUGGUCCUCAGGUUGCCAUGACGGACGACAGCAAAUCACUUCGUCAAGGACUGCAUGCAGUUUACCCCGAGUGCUCGUUGCUCCUCUGCAUCUUUCAUCUCCUACAGGCAAUGUGGAGGUGGUUGUGGGAUGCGCAUAGUGGCAUCCCAAAACAAUACCGACCCUAUCUUCUCGGCCUCUUCAAAAGUCUUGUGUACGCUGAGAGCGUUGGUGACCUGGAUGCACGUCACAAUCAUCUGGUGAAUGAUGAAAUCGUCCGUAAAUAUCCCAAGUUCCAGGCCUAUGUAGACACGGUAUACCAGAGACGUAAGGUAUGGGCACUUUGCCUGCACAAGGAGCUGCCAACUCAAGGGAACAGAACCAACAAUUUUGCAGAGAGUGCUAUGAGGGUCAUCAAAGAGAAGGUCUUUCAGCGCUUGAAGGCAUACAAUGUCACCCAAGCGGUGCACUUCCUCUGCACUCGGAUGGAGGACUACUAUGUACGUAAGCUGGUGGAUGUUGCUAACAAUAGGAUGUGUAACCCUUCCCAGUCAAAGUACCAUGCAGACGAUGGUGACGUCAACUUCAACAACAUCGUCAAGGUGAAUGGCAAGUUUCAAUUUAAUGAUUGUGAGAAAGAUUGAGAAGAAUGAAAGACAGAAGUCAUAGGUAAUUUAUUAAUGAGUAAAACAUCUUGAUUUCCAUCAAAUUUAUUCACUUCUGUAAAUUAUUAUCAAAGAUAAUAAUUCAAAGUGUCUGUCGAUUUCCUUGAUUUCUAUUUUCUGAAGUAAUUCUACUUUAAUCUACAUAUAGUUAAAUUAUUUUAUCAUUUAAAGAAAUCUAAAUUCAUUGAUUCCCAGGGCUUAGCCAGGAUUUGAAAAUAGGGUGUCCAAAUUCUAGAGCAGGGUGUCCAAAAAAAUGGGGCGAGCGUAACGAUAUGGCAAGCGCAGCAAGUCUUUCUUGGGGAGACACCGCCCCCAGUGGGUGUCAAGGGGGCAACGCCCCCUUUUCGCUGGAUUUUUUUUCACUAUUUCUAUAUAAAAAGAUAGUUUUCUUUCUCCUAGCUUGCUGGAAUUACCUCCUCAGUUGUUAAGGUAAAAACAUGUUAAAAUUACACAUUCUGAUUUGUUUUCCCUAUAUUAGGUAGGUUGUGUAGGUUUGGGUGUGGGUGUGGGUGCAUGGAUAUACGAGUGUAAGAUCAUGUGUAGAUUUGGAUAUGUGGUAUGGGCAUUAAGCAUGAUCAAGAGACAGGCCUGUAUCUGGUAUACUACUGUAUUGGUGCUGAGAAGUGCUUGUGAAAAUGCAUAAGUCCACUGAUAAUUUCUUUCAAUCUACAGGGGUCUAAAUAUGUGGUAUAUGUUUCAUUCAUCUUUUGAAAUAUGCAGUGAAAGGAAUUUUUCACCAAAUAGUCACUUGGAGUUUUCAAAUAUUUGAUAAUAUAUUGUUCUAGUCAGCAAUACUGGGCAAUUGCAGGCCUUCACUGUUGGACUCCUCCCCAGAGCUCAGGCAGCCUAGUGCUUGAAAAUCCCCCUAGAAUAUCAGGCGCUGUAGCGCUGAGUCGUGGCAGAGUAGUUAAUGAACAAACCAAACUUAAUCGAUUUAAAGAGAAAAAUAUGAACAAAUAUAUUGUAAAAAUUCAUUUUCUUAUAAAUUUGGUUCAAAACAAUGAUACAUACGGCCAUUAUCAACCCGGGAACUUAGAGAUGUGCUCCUGUGAGCAGUGACUUUGAGUGUGUUCAAAACUGAUAGUGCAUGUGCAGAGUGCAUGCCAUGCGUGAAUUCCAGUCAUUUACACACACACAGCCAUACACACAGUGCAUUCGUGAGAUUAAUUAAAAGAAUGAUCUUAUGCCAAACAGAUAUUAGAGCAAUUCAGAAAUAAAUUUUCCCCAAAAGCCUUGGGGUUUGAGAAUUUUAGGGAGAAUUUUAGUUGUUGUUUUGGGAGCAUCAGUGUUUCAAAAAUUUGGGUGGUCACAUGGUGACCACCAUUUCUUUGCAUAUUCCAAAUUUGGUGGUCCAAGGCAUCAUUUGGGUGGACUUUGUCCGCCGGACCACCGCUAGUGUCAAGCCCUGCUUUAACUAUUAAAAGGGCGUCCAUCAAAUGAAUUUGAUCAAGGCGUCUUGCAAUUUUUGCCGGGCGUCUUCCAGAAGAAAUGGGCGUCCAAAAGACGCCCAGACGCCUCGCUGGCUAAACCCCUGUUGAUUCCUAUAAGGACUUAUAAGUAAUCAUUGAUU